AUCAUCCCUGCCAAAGCAAAAAGAGAAGGUCUAAUAAAGAAUAGGGAAAAAUUAAAGAAAAGAAGCACAUUGCCAACCCAUCUUUCAGUCACAAAAUUGAAGGCCAAAGAAAGACUACUUCUUCUUCUCUCUCUAGCUCUCUCCACCCAAAUGAAAAAACUUCCUUCUUCACUCUCUUCUACACUCAAACGUCAACUGGCUUUGUUCAUGCAAGAUCCAAAAAACUCUAACACAAGGUUCAUAUGAUUAAUCUAUGCCACCGUUGAUCUCUCUCCACAUGACAAUUUCAAGACAACAUGCCUCUUAUACAAUUGACAAAAGGAAGCCUUGGUAUCAAAGAGCAAUAGAGAUGGCUACUCAAUGGAAGACGGUUUCUAAAUCCACAGAAAUUCCUCCAACAAAUAAUGUCACGUUAUGGAAAAAUGUUUCUAAUCCUACAGAAAUUCGCGCAACAAAUGCAAAUUUAUGGAGGACGAUUUCAAAAUCGGCAGAAAUUCCGCCAACGACAAACCCUAAUCGAGGGAAGUUAAGAAAAUGUACCUCUCUUAGGGUCGCCACUUCGUUUACUCGAGUUUGUCUUUGCGCGCCAAUCUCUUCCUACAAUGAGGUGUUUCGAGCUGAUGUUCCGCCUAGAAGAAGCAAUAGUUACCCUAGAUCGAGACCAUUUCCUGCCUCGCAAGAAAGAAUACCAAGCGCGAGACCUAGUGCGGAAGGAAGAAGAGUUUUUCGGGGAAAAUCGUUGACGGAUGAUGUUUUGAUGAGGAGAUUUGUUGUGGAGGAAGAAGCAAUGAUGCAAGUAAGGAGGAGAAAUCAAAUGGAAGUUAUUAGAAAGAGAAGCUUGAUGAGAAGAAAAAGGCUUGGACCAAGCCCUCUUAGUAGAAUGGUAAUGGCUGAGGAAGAAUACUGAUAAAAAAGUUUGAAUGUUUAUUUGUGUUCAAACAGUAAAUUUUGAAAAUUUUCCUCCCCAUUUUUUCUUUAUUUUUUAUUUUAUUUAUUUUAUAAUCCAGCUAAGAGGUUUGUACUUGCUGUAUGCAAUUUUAUAUCAUUAAUAUUAGAUGGUUUGGGUGAUGAAAAGCA